AUGAACUCGGAAUACACCCGCUGGGAUGGUAUCAAACACCAGUACGACAGUCCUUGGAGCGCGCCUCGCCCCGAGGCACCGCCAGCGCCGUCUGCCCUCCCGUACGCGUUCCCCGAGCCCUUCCCGCAACUCACAAAUGGGUUCCAGCAACUGCAGGUGGGAAAGCACCCAAGAACGCGAACGUCGCCCGUAGUCACGCGCACACGCAUAACAAGACACGGCUCCGAGCCAAACCCUACAAGGCCGCUGUCUAGCGGAGGAGACGCCCACAUGGUCCCUUACCAGACCCUCCUUCCGCAUCGUCGCUCCGAGUCCUACUCCCAGCCCACCCCGCUCGAGGACUUCCGCAAGUCAAGACGAUGGCCGCCGAAAGGAUACACGUCGGAGGAUGCGCUGGAACCUGACCAGGCAGAGGAACUCAUAUGUGCCGGUGCGUCGUCGUUCAAGGGAUAUUGCGAUGCGAUAGCCAACGCACCAGCGGGCUACGAUCGCUUCUAUGCGGUCAUGGAGGCUGAGCAUCAGAGUCGAACGGACCGCGCAUCUUUCCAGCAGGAGGCAUACCGGGACAUUUCGCUCAACAUGACGGGUGCGUCUGAUAGCCAGUUUCCGUGGCUGGCUCACGAGUACCCUUGCAUGGCGUACGCGUUUGGCAAGAGUGCAGGAACCACAACUUUGAACAACUGGGUCAGCAAGUGGAGGACCAGUCAGCCUCCUACGCAAUUCGCGAGUGAGGUCAAGCCACGGAAGAUCAGGCUCCUACAGAUUCUGGACCGAUUACAGACCCUAGAGAGCGGCCUCAAUGAAGAUGAUCCUGAGGACUUAUAUCGCUAUCUAUACGGUACACUGAUCGAAGACCCGGAGCGAUUUGAUGAAGAACGCCGCCAUGUUCGGAUCGACCAGCAGAUCACGGAUCUCAUCACAGUACUAAGCAACCCGAAAUGGGUAGAUUUCUCACACCCCAAGAACCAGGUUGUGGCGAAGUGGUUUGAUUCUCCCGAUCCACAGAGGAAGCAAGACUUCUUCCACCAACUGCUACUGUCAGUGGAACUCUACCUUCGGAUACACUCCAAGCACCAUACGGACAAGUCCAAGCGGAAGCUCAUCCUGCAGCUCCCAGCCAUCAUCACAUGGGACCUAGCGGUGGCUCAACGGUGGCUCGAGAAUAUGGAGAUUACGAAGACGCGUACAUCAUCUACCCAGAGCACUUUUAGCUUCGAUCUGAGGAGCAAGAGCAGACAGAUCGAAGCCUUGAGGCUCUUUGCGGCAACACUCAAAUGGCCGAACAUGGAUGAGGUUGAGUAUGUCCUAGACGAGCAGGACUUGAAAGAGAAAGCGCUCGAGGACCGGUCCGCGGAUGCCAUGUCCUGGUUUUCGGGGAUUAUCUUGCCAGGUCGGACACUCCCGUGGCUCAUCAUGAACAGUUUGAUAGACUGUGACCGAGACACCGGGGAUGCUCUAAAGUAUCUGACUCACGUGCAUCCUGCAUCUGGAUUCCAAUACCGAGCGAACACGUACUGGUCAUCACAGUCCAUUGUUGGCAAAGUACUAGGGGCUGCACGCGGGGUGAAACAAAUUGCUGGCUGGAUUGGACCAUGCAUCUACACCCCAGAUCUCAAGCGGACAGAGUGCGUGAAGGUCAGACAGCACGAAUCCCCGGAUCCUAUGCUUGUUUCCAUCGACGUAGAGUCUAUGGAUCAGCGCAGCAAUCCCCUAGGCGCGCCAGACGACAUGUAUCCCGUGGACGACUACGAGGUUCCCAUGCCAGACACCGAAGAUGUCACAGACCUCAUACGUAUGGAGAAGCUACGCUUCAUCCCCGUUAAGGAGCGUCCGGAAGGAACCAGACAUGCUGCUGGUCCUCCAAUACUGUUCGAUGCUGGUAUUUCAUUUGCAUGUGGUGGUGAGAGCUGGGUGAUGAAGCUGCGAUACAAUGUCGACUUCAUCAAUGCCUUCCCCUGCCACCAGGGCCCUCAUGUGCUUUUCUACGACUUUAGUUAUAAAGCCAUAAAGAUUGACGACGGCCUCGUCGACAUCCAUGAUUGGGGCACCCAGUCCGGUCGCAUACCCCGUCCCACGUCAUCCAAAUCCUCUCCUGGCAAGAAAGCCCUCACACUCAUGAACGAGAAGCAAAAGAGCGCGCACGAGCAAGUUACCAAUGUACUCGUUAUAGAGGCUCUGGGCGUAAGCGAUAACGAGGUUUUUGCAAGAGCUUGGUGCGCGCAUCAUGGACAUAGUGCUAUUGUGGCAAACAUCAAGGAGACGUGCAUGGCUUGUGCGAUUCGGGAGGCGUAUGCGGCAUGUGUGGCUGUUGUCAUACUUACCGAGGGGGGUGUCGUGAAGGAGAACGAUACCGAGAUUUAUGGAUAUGGAUGA